AAUGAUUGAUUUGAGCAGAUCACUGUGAAUUGCUGAGACAGAAGCCUGGAGCAGGUAAUUGUGUCAAACUCCUGUGAAGUAAUGUUUGCUGAGGAGCUUUGGUGCUAACAUGUCUUGAUUGGGGGGACAUCUUUGAAAAGCAAAUGUAAUCUGCGUCCCAAGCAGUAUAUAACCAGCCAGCCACAAAAGUGAGGCGUCGCAUUCCGUCCCAAAGCCCCAGCAAUCUCCCCGCAGCCUGAGCUGCAGCCAUGGGGACAGGAAUGGAUUUUGUACACAGCUCUGGAGUCCAAAUGACUCACUACCUGCAGGAGAACUACCAGAGCUCCCAGGGCUGGUUCCUCUUCAUCUCCUUUGCGGCCGACCUCAGAAACACCUUCUUCAUUCUCUUCCCCAUCUGGUUCCACCUCUGCGAGGCCGUGGGCAUCAAGCUGAUCUGGGUGGCUGUGAUCGGGGACUGGCUCAACCUGGUCUUUAAGUGGAUUCUCUUUGGGCAGCGACCCUACUGGUGGGUCCGUGAGACCGGCUACUAUGGCAACGCCUCCACCCCUGUGAUCCAGCAGUUCCCUGUCACCUGUGAGACCGGCCCAGGCAGCCCCUCUGGCCAUGCCAUGGGCUCAGCUGGGGUGUACUACGUGAUGGUGACGGCUCUGCUUAGCACCCUGCGUCGGCGCCGGAGAUCCCCCUUCCAGCAGCAGUGCCUGCGGGGGGCGCUGUGGAUGUCAUUCUGGGGGGUUCAGGUGUCUGUCAGUCUGUCCAGGAUCUUCCUAGCAGCUCACUUCCCGCACCAAGUCAUCACGGGCGUCGUUGCAGGUGAGGUGCUGCUGCCCGGGCGGUUCCCUGGAUUGCUCCCCACACCGCGGGGUGGGCUGGAUGCAGCUCUGGGAAGUUUCCAUGUUAUUCCCUUGUAAGAAACCAAGCGCUUCUGUUGUCAGAGGUGGGAAAACAAGGUGCUGCCCAGCAGGCUUGCAGUCUGGCUCAGCAGGCGCGGGGUUAAAGCCCACAGAGUGCCUGCCGGUGGUUCUUUGCCAUGGAAGGGCAGCGCUCUCUGGCGUCGCUGGGCAGCCCUGUCCCCGCCUGCGUUCACUCACUGCCAGGCUGGACGGGAGAGGGUCAGGGAGCGACAGAGAGAGGAGCCAGGUGGGGACAGUCUGAUUGGAACUGGGCAAGCGCAGCAGAGGGACCAGGGGGCUGAUGCAGCGGAAAGGGAGCAGGGGACCCUCUGAACCCCCCUUCUCCCUUGCCCAGUGCUGGGGCUGGGGGGACGGGGUGUUGGCUUCUAAUUAUCUGGCUUCAGAUAAACAGCUGAAAAUGUGCCCGGCCCCAGGCCUGUGCCAGGCCUUUUGCUGGAAUUUGGCCGAGCAGCUAACGACCCCAAAGCCUAACAGAGACGGGGCAGCCAGGAGUCCUUGGUCCAUCUCCCUCUGCUUCGUGCUGUUAUUAUUAUCGAUGUGCAUUGCGGUGGUACCCCCCAGCUGAGACGUAGCCCUGCUGCGCUGCGCAAACAGCAGAGCCAGUCCCCGCCCCAUAGAGCUCACGGCCUAUGGGCCCCAUUGGGAGCCCUG